AUGUCGAGCAGGCCCUUCCCGCAGCUGCAAGCCGCUGCUAUUGAUGGCAGAACCCGAACCGUCUUCUACCGUCAAACCCAAUUAGAGAAGUUGCACAAGAGCCUCGUCUCGAAUGCAUCCGAGAUCGUAGAUGCUAUUGUCGCAGACUCUGGCCUCAGCCGGGUGGAAGCGCAAAUCGAGUACUCGCUUGCUUUAACGACGGUCAGAGAGCGCUUUGCAGAGCUUGAACCGAAGAAAGAACUCGAGAACGAAUAUGCUGUUGCCCGCGGAGAGGAUGCUGGUAGUCUGCGCCUCGGAUAUGGCACUGUAUAUAUCAAGGCUUCAGCGGACCACACCCCAUUCUACUCAGCAGUUGCACCUUUGAGCGCAGCGAUUGCCGCAGGCAACUGUGUGGUUUUGCAGAUUGAGAACAGCCUCCGCAGCCUCCCAACCAUUCUCCGCAAUACGCUCAAGUCUGCGCUAGACAACGAUACAUUUGAUGUUGCACAACAACCCGUACAGGAUGCUUCUUUCUUGAACAGCUGCCUGCAAGUGGUCCAGGAUGGAUCCGUCGACGGUGCUCCUGCGCUGAACCAGCUUGUCUCGAGGGCCACCUCAAUCACAGCAGCGAUCGUAGACAGAACAGCAAACUUUGAUGAAACCGCGAAAGCUCUUGUGAACGCUCGCUUCUCAUACAACGGCAAAUCGCCAUACGCGCCGGAUAUCAUCUUUGUCAACGAGUUCUCCAAGAAAGACUUUUUGCAAGCACUUCUUAGACACUCCGUAUCCUUUGACGAAGUAGUAGAAAGGGAGAAGUCGCCGACUCGCAGGGGUGGUCGCGAAAAUGGUAUUAAAGACUUGAUCUCUGGUCUGCAGAAAGACGGAAGUGGACGUGUCAUCGCACAAGAGUCGAACCGAGCGAUCCUAGAUCUAACCAAAAGGAGUACGAGCCUACUCAAGACCAAGAUUAGCGAGCCUGUGCUGCUAGUACAUGGCGUCAAGAGUCUCGACGAUGCCAUCGAUUUCAUCAACAACAAUGGCAGCGAGCUGCUUGCCGCAUACCACUUUGGCGAGAAUGCCCAAUGCAAAUACCUCAGCCAGUUUGUCGCUUCGCAAGUGUCAUACGUCAAUCACAUCCCAGCAGAGCUUCUUGGUCAGUACAACCUCCCUGCACCUACCAAAAACGCAACUCGGACUAACGUUCAUCUCAGUCGGUCCUGCCUUCCCAGUCGGCCACCCGAUAACCUCAGUACGCUAUCCGACGGCCCUCUUUACCCGCCCGACGCCUGCCUUNNCGUCAACAACACCACGCAAUCGAAGACGGUAGAGUCUGCACUGAAUGGCGCUUCAAAGUCUGAAAAGUCGGCCGCGGUACAAACAUUGUACCAACAAGCACUCUCAGCUCUGCCAUCUGCACACAAGCGACCGAAGCAGACGCGUGCAGCCUUCGGUUUCUUCGAACAGUCGAUGCUGUUGAACCUCGGCUUCGUGCUGCUGUCGACUGGCGCUUCUAUCGCUGCGACUGUGAUUCUUGGAAAGCGCGCAAGAGCUUAUUACUCUCACUGA